ACAGAUUUUCUUCUCUCAUAUAUUUCUAUGUUUCCUUAUUUUUAUUUUUAUACAUAUGUUAGCUUUAAUUGAGGACUCUCCUAGGUGUCACUGUCAGUCCAGCAUUCCCUCUCUUCCACUUAUUAUAUAACUACUAUUCAGAAACAAACAGUGUUUGUUCUAGACUCAGCCAAACCAAUCAAUAAGAAUCAGCAGUAGAGAAGAAUUGGACAAUGUGCAGUCUCUUUCUCUGGGGAGGAUCAUCCACUUUGUGAUUUCCGUUCCCUCUAUGGUGCAUUAUUGGUUCCACCGUUUGGCAAUCCCAUAAAUGUCUUUUACAUGCAUAUAACUUGGUUCUCUUUCGAAGUUCAUCUUUUCAUUAUCUUCUCAUUCUAUCUAUCAAUACAUGGAUUCUCCACAAAGCCAUGGUACAUUCUCUGAUGAGUUUAAGCGGGAGACAUGGAAGCACACACUCCUUUUCUCAUUUCAAAGCCUUGGAGUAAUUUAUGGUCAAAUAAGUACAGCUCCCUUAUAUGUCCUUGGGACAAUUCCUGCAAAUGAUCUCAAAUCAGAUGAGACUGUAUAUGAGCUCUUUUCCUUUAUUUUCUGGACAAUGACCAUCAUUUCAUUACUGAAGUAUGCCUUUAUAGUACUGAAGGCUGAUGAUGAUGGAGAGGGUGGUACUUUUGCUUUGUAUUCACUAUUAUGCAGGCAUGCCAAAGUAGGCCUGCUUCCAAUUGACACAAGUGCUAAUGAGGUUAUGCAGUAUGAAGUGAGAAGCUCUUUCAAGGUCAAUGUUAAAUCAAGGGCUUGGAGGACCAUAGCAAAACAUAAAAGUAGUCACUACUUUAUAUUGUUCUUGGCUCUGUUUGGUUCCUGCAUGACAAUUGGGGAAGGAGUGCUUACUCCAGCUCUCUCUGUGUUAUCAGCUUCAUCAGGUAUUCAGAGAUCAUUGUCGUAUAUGUCACAUAAAUAUUUUUCAUCCCAAAGGAAACAGGAGUCCAUCUCAAACACUUUAGAAAGAUAUGUACCAGUUCCCACUGCAUGUGCUAUAUUGGUAUGCCUUUUCAUGCUGCAGCACUAUGGGACUCAUAAGAUUGGAUUUAUGUUUGCUCCAAUUAUCAUUAUUUGGCUUCUAUUUAUCGGUGGAGUGGGCAUAUAUAACAUCUUUUACUGGAACAAACAAAUCAUCCAUGCGAUCCUCCCAGUAUACCUGUACAGAUUUGUGAGAAAUACUGACAUUGGUAGUUGGAGAUCAUUAGGCAGCAUCAUUCUAUGCGUAGCAGGAUCAGAGGCCAUUUUUGCAGAUCUUGGCCAUUUCUCAAAGAAAUCAAUUAAGAUUGCAUUUGUUUGCUUGAUUUAUCCAGUUCUUAUUUUAUGCUAUGCGGGUCAGGCUGCAUAUAUGUCCAAAAACUUGCAUGUUGAAGAUUUUAAUAAUCUCACUGAAUCUGUACCUCGGUCUAUUCGCCAUUUCUUUAGUUUAUUAUCCCUAUUUGCCUCAGUUGUUGGAAGCCAAGCAACCAUAACAGCCAGUUUCUCCAUCAUAAACCAGUGCCUGGCACUUAAUUGUUUUCCCAGAGCCAAAGUUAUUCAUACAUCAGAUAAGAUACAUGGGCAAGUUUACAUUCCAGAUGUCAACUGGUUAUUGAUGAUUCUCAGCCUCACAGUCACAAUUGGUUUCCAUGAUAUUGUGAGAAUUGGUAAUGCAACAGGUUUGGCUGUAAUUUCUGGAAUGCUCAUAACAACUUGUCUGAUGUCUCUUGUAAUUGCUCUGUACUGGGAGAAGAAUUUUUUUCUAUCUUCAUGUUUUCUGAUAUUCUUUGGCUUCGUUGAGACCAUGUAUCUAUCAGCUUGUAUGCUGAAUUUUCACAAGGGAGCCUGGUAUCUGGUUGUCCUUCUGGCAUUGUCAUUGACAUUAAUGCUUGCAUGGCAUUAUGGAACUGUGAAGAAAUACGAAUAUGAUUUACAAAACAAGGUAUCCACAGAGUGGCUUACAGAACUUGGUCCUGGCCUUGGAGUUUCUAGGAUACCUGGAAUUGGCUUUAUUUACACCGAUAUAGUGACUGGAAUCCCAGCUUUCUUCUCACAUUUCAUUGCCAAUCUACCUGCAUUUCAUCAGGUGCUCAUUUUCGUUUCCUUCAAGUCUCUAGCUGAGCCUCAUGUCCCCCCAAGUCGAAGGUAUCUUAUAGGCCGGGUAGGACCUAAAGAUUAUAGAAUUUAUCGUUGCAUUGUUAGACACGGGUACUGUGAUCACAUUAGGGACACAGAUGACUUUGAGGAAAAGAUCAUUCGUUCAAUUGGAGAAUUCAUUUCCAUGGAAGAAAGUGAUUUCGAAUCUUUGACAUCUCCCGAAGGAAGAAUGGUUGUUGUUGGAAAGCCAUUGCCAGGACAUAAUGCUUUGAUUCCGCUAGAUGAUACUGACUCAACUGUUGGUUCUGCUAGCUUGGCAAACAAUGACUCUCAGAUAAGUCCAUUGGAUAAAAUUGGUGUUCCUGUAAAGAAAAAGGUCAGAUUCAUGUUGCCUCAAAAUUGUCCUCAAAUGCGGGUAUCUGUCAGGGAUGAGCUACAAGAACUAAUUGAUGCCAGGGAGAGUGGUACUGCAUAUUUCCUAGGCCAGUCACAUUUAAUAGUGCGUGAAGGCUCAAACUUUCUAAAACGAUUCCUGAUCAAGACUUAUAUUUUUUGUGAUAAAAACUGCCGACAACCUCCAGUGGCCCUGAACAUUCCUCAUGCUGCUCUAGUAGAGGUUGGUAUGGUCUAUACCAUAUAACUUGUACGCCAUUGUAUUUUAAGUUUAUAACAGUGUAGACAAUGAGGAAUAGACUGAAAAAAUAAAAAACAAAAACAGUGACAAAGAGGGGGAAAAAAUUCCCUGGUUUAUGUAGUAGUUUUAAAGGAGUCUAAAAGGAGAGGAAAAAAGAAUUAUGUGUGUUUGGUGAGCUUCUCUGUUUUUGGAUUUGUUGACAUCCCAAGUAAGGGGAACAGGAAAAAUUGAAGCUAUAGGAGCAUUUGGUUUGGCUCAAGUCGUUAGGUUAGAUAUGCAUCUUGAGUAUUGUCUUAAAUUCAAACCUACCAAAUAUUUACAAAAAAAACAAUCGAAAAUAAUAUU